AUGGCAUCGAGUCUGUCAGCGAUGGCCUAUGCGUUAGGCGGCUGUAUAUUACCGCUUGUGGUCUAUAUAACCGGUCAUUGGGUUCUAUUAGCGGUGUUUCAGUUUGCGAUUACAAUUCCCAUCAUUAUAUUCUGGAGAUAUAUCCCAGAAUCUGCCUCUUGGCUCAUAACACAGAAAAGAACUACUGAAACAGACAUUGAUUUUAACGCUGUUAAUAGUGGCUAA